AUGACCAUUGGAUCGCUCAUCGACCAGAUAACGUCUCCGAACCUCCAGGACGACGAUUACUCGUUGCUCCUUGACCUUGUCGAGCUGGUCAACCGGAACCCGCCCUCGAACGUCACCGAGGCGCUGCGGUUCCUCAAGGUCAAGCUCCAGUCUUCGAACGCAAACACGCUUCUCCGGUCGCUCACGAUGUUGGACUUCUUGGCGCAGAACUGCGGCGCCAUGAUGAAGGCAAACAUCGCCACCUCCGAGUUCGUCAACGACAGCCUCCUUCCGAUAGUCGACGACUCCCUCAUCCACAUCUCCGUGAAGUACGCCGUGGUUAAGGAGAUCUACAAGCUGUCCAAGUCCUUCAAGGACGACGAGAGCUUGUCGAUCAUGAAGCACACCUUCGGCAACCUCCGCUUGAAGUACCCGAACCUCUGCAACCAGGCCGUCGAUGAGAUCGAUGGCUUGAACAAGUUCAAUUCCUCCAGCCUGGGCCAGAACAAGACUGCCGCCGGUCGUGCUGGUGUUCCAGGCGGCCCCGCAGAAGAGGAGUCCGAAGACCUCGAAUUGAAGAAGGCCAUCGAGCUCUCCCUCCUGGACGCCAAUCCUCCCUCGAGACAGCCGCUCCAGCAGCCCAUUCAGCAACAACAACAACCACAGCAGCAACACGAGCAGCAGCAAGUUCGUCCGGCCCUCCAGGUGCCCAAUAAUGCCUACGCCAACGUGACACCCUUAUCUCCACAGCAAUCCAACCAGCCGCUUUCAAGAACAGUGUCCAACCAGCAGGUCUCCAUGCCCCAGAUCAUAACUCCGGAAAAAAAGUUUGAAGAAGACACCUCCAAGCCAGAAAAGGUCGUCGCACUGUACGACUUGUCUUCCGAUGAUGAAGACACCCUCUCGUUCAAGAAAGACGACAUAAUAACUAUUGUUGAGGAAAUCAACGCAGAUUGGCUGCGUGGGUGUCUGAAUGGUAGGGCAGGUAUUGUCCCCACGAACUAUGUUAGAAAGAUCCCCAGAACCGUCGACUCCGAUCUUGAAAACUUGAUCAGCGCAUUGAACGGCUCUUUCGACAUCGAAAUGACUCUUUCUCAAUUGAUGGACUUGAACAAGAAGGUUAAAACGUCUCCCAUGUCAAGCCAGCAAUUUGAGUCCUGCUUGCUCUCCAACUCCUUCCCAAACAAAAUCCAGAAAAUCGAACAGAUUAAAAACAACUUGAAACAAAUCUUGGAGUUACACAAGUUGAAACUACUAGAACUACAAAGCCUCCAGUCCAACGUUGACAACAGCUUAAAGAUCUACCAGUCCCUGAUCACACAAAUGGCACCUGCACCGGAGGAUCCAACAAUAUCCAAGUUCAUAGAAACUUACCCUAGCAUAUCCAGCUUAUCGUUGAACCCACAGCCAUCGGGACAAUUCCAACAAACACAACAACCUCAGCAGCCACAACAACCACAACAACCACAACAACCACACCAGUUGCAAUUCCAACCUCAAAACACACAGCAACAGCGGAUGCCUCCAACCUCCACCGGAAGUGCAAAUCAUUACAUGCAAAUGCAGCAACCAAAUUCUAACAUGUAUAACUAA